UAUGGACGACUAACUCGAGUGAAUAAGCAAAAAUUCUGCUUUCAAAGCACUAUUUUUAGACCUUUACAUCUUCCUUUCCUUAUUCCAAUGCCUCAGACGAGAAAUUAAACAUCUAAUGGACUUCAAACAUAAGACUUUUCGCAAAUGCGGUAGCCAUUAUAGCGAUUUAGGAGCUUUAGAUGGCGUUGAAGUCAAAAUAGGACAAAAUUUUCAGCCUCCUAGAAAGGUUGCUUUGCCUGUUGGAUUUCAACAGAACGAUCCAUCAGAGGUUCUAAAUUUGACUUAUGAUUUUGCAUUGGAAAAUGAAAUCAUAUCAAAAGUGGAAGAAUUAAAAGCAAAACAAUUACAACAAAAGGAAGAAGAAGAAGAGGCAAGACAAGAUGCCGCAGCCCUUGCUGAAGAAACUGUUUCAGCCACUACCAGUUCUUCGACCAGGAACAUUUCUAUUUCAACAGGACAGGAAAUAUUCUCAACAGUAGGAACUGAUAUUUUACAACCAACAACUUGCACGACAGUGGGACAUAAAAGAAAUGAAAGCUUGGGAAAGAAUCCUUUUGAUCUGUCAGACUUUGAAGCACAGGACUCAAAUCCAUUUGAGCUUGUUGAACUUCAGACUAUAAAUGAUUUAGAUGAGUUGAAAAGUGUCCUUCAAUCAAGUUCGCAGGCAUCACUUGCAGAAGGAGCUCAAACUGUUGCUGUAUCUUCAACCAAGGGCCCUACAACAGUCGCAAGCUCUGAGCAGGGUUCUUCAAGACAGCCUUCACAGCCGUUUAACUACCUCGUAAGUCAGACCCCUAAAGAUAGCUCCGUUUCUCAGCCAAUCAAGGCUAAUAUUAAUUCAAAACUAUCUAAAUCUGUACCUGAUCUUGCAAGCAAUCAGUUAGUUGAUAUUUCAAGUGGAGAAAAUGUUAAUGAUAACGUCGUAAACCCGAGGAGUGUCUCACCACCCACUCUUCAGAAUGGACAAUUUUCACUACCCAGUGCUGUUCCUACCAUGGGGUAUGGAAUACCUUCUCGACCUUUUAGUUAUUUACAUGGUGUGCAGAAUAAUUCUUUUUCGUCACCAACUGUGCAACAAAAUAAUCCAGUUUUGGUAGAUGUUAACAGUUCUGUCCCAGUUUUGCAAGUUUCAUUACCUUCGUCAUUACCUCCAAUAAGCACUACCCCAUCAUCGUUAAUCAGUGGUAGUCAGACUGCAUAUCCUAUGGCUGGAGGGAACAUCCAAGAGCCAUCAAACAUUAGACUCCCACCUUUGAGGAAACCUCCCCCAAUACCUCCACGACUUUCAGGUCGCAAAAUUGAACCUAGUAGUAUUGACAAUGUAGGAAGCAAUAGUCAAAAUGCCGUCAACGUUGGUGUUUCUUCAUCAUAUCUUGAAAAUACUGAAGUGAUACCAGUUUCUGGAAGUAGUGGUCAGGAUAUGGCAAGAUCUUCUCAAACUUCACAAAGCAAGCCUGAUGUUGAAUCCAAUUCAUCACCAAAACAUUCAUUAAUAAAAAGACAACCUGCACAAAGGAGAAAUAAGUCCAAAGAGGAUAGCUCAAGGCGUCAUUCUACUCCCCUACCACCCAUUCCUAGCUCUAGCCCCCCACCACAACCUAGUUCACAGUCAACGUUACCAGAUCCCACACCAGUAUUAACAGAGUCUGAGAAACGCUUUGUUGAUUACAUUGGAAUCAUGGGCUUUCCUAUGCCGAGAAUUGCAAGGGCAGUACAGAGACUUGGUGAGAAGGAUAAAGAGGUGAUAGAUUUCUUGGUCAUCGUAGAGAAACUCACUGAGGAGGGAUUUCCUGAUGAUGAUGUAGAAAUAGCACUUAGUCUUUUUGAUGAUGAUGAGAAAAAGGCACUGGAAUUCCUUAAACUGUCUGAAAGUUUCAAGCAGCUGGGAUUUGAAGAGCCAUACAUCCAAGAAGCAUUGAAAGCAGCUGAUAACGAUCAUGAUAAGGCAUUAGACUUUCUGACCUCAAUCUCUGCCUCCUAAUGAAUAGUUUAAUUAUCAAGCGGAAUUAAUUUAUUGAGAAGCAAAUUUUGUUCAAAUUAUAUUGCUAGUUUGUGUAUAUGGAGGGCGAUGUGGGGAGGGAGCGUGGUGGGGGUGCUCAAAAUUGCACUCCACAGAAAUUCGAUCAUAGAACGAGGGCCACUUGUGGUUAGCCAAUGACUAUUACCUCAAAGAAACAAGAACCGUUUUAUUUAUUUUUGAGGGGAAAAUCCAACAAACUGAGAAUCUGCAAAGAAAAUAGAAAACCAUUUAAAAAAGUUGAAAAUCCCCACUUCUAAAUGAAUUCUCAAAAAAAAAAAAAAAAGAUCUGAAAAACCAUGUCUAAAAUUUUCCAAAUUCAAAAAUCCUCACAUGCCCCUCUAUGCAUAGCCAGUACUUUAAGCAAUCCUUUGUAUCAUUCUCCCAAAGAGAAGUAGAGGUAGUGCCUCUAGUGGUUAUGGGCUCAAAUCUCAGGUUUGCCAUCAUGUGAUUAGAGUUGUUUGUUUGUUCUGUCCUGUGCUUCAAGGGUAUUUCUUUAAGCCCUCAUGUUUUAGGGUCUAUUUAGAGUUUGUUACUGUUCUCUAGCUUUUCUAGUUUUCUGGCUUUGCUCCCUUCUCAAAACCUAAUUUGCUGAAUUUCAAUUUGAUCUGUGAGUUUCAGGCCAUAAUAAACUGAGAGUCAAGAGUUUUUGUCCACCAAAAUAAAAAUCAUGUUUACUUAC